CACGUGAUCUGUUUUGACGCUAAAAAUGAGCGUCGAGCGUCAGCAUGAAAAAGCACCUUUAUUCCGUGUUCCUUAUUCCUCUUUAUUGCGUCUGAGCCUUUAUGUUUAUCUACACGGGUAAAAACUAAAAUGGUGCAAACCACGUGCAUCCUCAACAUCAACUAAGUGACUGAAUGAGAGUGAUCGAGUUGUCAAAACCGUUAUAAUCUUUUUACUUGGUUUAAUAUUUUAUCCUUACGUCAUGUCACACGUAAAUAGAGUCGCAAAACCAAAAACACACAAGGGCAGAAAAGCUAUAUUGAAAAAAGAAGCCAAGGUAGUGGAAGAUGCUAAGGAAGCAUUUUGUCUCAAAGGUAAACGCACGUCGCAGAUCGUUAACGAUCUCUUAAAGGAUUUGUAUGAGCUGAAAAAGCCAAACGCACAAUUGAUGCAAAAGAAAAAUGAUAUACUACCAUUUGAAGAUGCUACACCAAUCGAAAAAUUUGCAUUCAAGUAUAAUGCGUCUCUCUUCCUAAUGGGCUCGCACAACAAGAAACGUCCGCAUAAUCUAAUAAUGGGACGUAUGUACAAACACAUGUUAUUAGAUAUGGCCGAGUUCGGUAUAGACAGUUAUAAAGGAUUGAAAGACUUUAAGGUCGACAAAAUCACAUCGGGAUUAAAACCACUACUGAUCUUUAAUGGGCAACUUUUUGAGAGUAAUCAUGAGUAUGGUAGAAUCAAAAACUUGCUUAUCGACAUGUUUCAAAGGGAAACGGUUGACAAGAUCAGAUUGCAGGGUCUUGAACAUGUUUUGAGUUUUACGGCUGCUGAAGAUAAGAUAUUGCUGCGCAGUUACAGGGUGCUUUUAAAAAAAUCCGCAACUAGGAUACCUAGGAUAGAACUCGAAGAAAUAGGACCACGUGCUGAUUUGCUAUGCAGGCGCAAUAAAUUGGCUUCUGAAGACUUGUUCAAAGAGGCAUGCAAGAAACCUAAAGCACUCAAGGAAAAGAAGAAGAAAAAUAUCUCAAAAGACACAUUGGGAACGAUGUAUGGUCGUAUACAUAUUGGAGCACAAAAUAUCAAUAGCAUUCAAACGAGGAAGAUGAAAGGCUUAAAGAAGACAUUGUCGGAGAAGAAGAGCAGUUUGAAGAGAAGAACUGACGACGAUACUAGUAAUAGUGCAAAGAGAUUGAAAGGAGCUGUAGAUACUAAUUGAUUGAAGGGAGAAUGUUCACAUAAGUAAAUUAUAAGAGUGUAAUUUUAAUAAAAGUUUAUUUACAACAUAUAA